AUGAAGAUAUCACUUUUACUUUUCGUUAUUUUAAUCAAUUCAAGUGAACAAUGGCUUUCAAUUAUUCAAGUAUCUGAUAUAUCAUUUGCUACACAAGGUCUUUGUCAUAUGAAAUAUGGUCUUAGUUAUAGACAAAUACGUUUUUGUCAAAGAAAUGAAGCUAUUAUGCCAUUUGUACGUUUUGGAGCUAAUUUAGCAUUGGAAGAAUGUAAAUUACAAUUUAAAAAUCGUCAUUGGAAUUGUACUUUAUUUCAAGAUAAAUCUUUAGUUGGAAAUAUUCUUGAUUCAGGAACAAAAGAAUCAGCAUAUAUACAUGCGUUGACAUCGGCUGGUAUUGCUUAUACAAUAACAAAAGCAUGUAGUACGGGAAGACUUAGUUCAUGUGGAUGUGAUAUGUCAAUGAAAGAAAAAACGAGUAAUAGUUCAAUUCGAUGGGCUGGAUGUUCUGAUAAUGUUUUAUUUGGUUCGGAAUUAGCAAGAAAAUUUGUUAAUCUUAGAGAACGUAUAACAAAAAAUCGAACAAGUUUAUUAAAUGUUCAUAAUAAUCAAGUUGGAAUUCGAACAAUUCUUGCGUCUGUUGAUCGUCAAUGUAAAUGUCAUGGAGUAUCAGGAUCUUGUGAAUUUAAAACAUGUUGGCGUUCACUUCAUUCAUUUACACAAAUAGCGAAACAACUUAAAGAAUACUAUGAUGAAUCAAUUGAAGUACGUUUACAACGAAGUUUAUUUGAUAAAAAAUUACGUUUUAUACCACGGAAUAUUCCAUAUCAUAUGACUAAACAAACAACAACAACAGCAACAACAUAUAAAAAUGAUUUAAUUUAUUAUAAUUCAAGUCCUAAUUAUUGUGAAAUUAAUUUGAAUACAGGUUCAUUUGGUACAAUAGGACGUGUAUGUAAUCGAAGUUCACGUGCAAUUGAUGGUUGUGAUUUACUUUGUUGUAAUCGUGGUUAUCAAUCUCAAAUAGUGACUGUACGUGAUAAAUGUAAUUGUCGUUUUCAAUGGUGUUGUUAUGUUCAAUGCCAAAAUUGUGUUACUACUCAAGAAAUAAGUCGUUGCUUGUAA